AUGGCAAGCUCUUUGAAUCUUUACGUCUGGGCCAAAAUAAGCGCCCUGGUGAUCCCCAAGCUGGAGAUCCCCAAGCUCUCAGUUCUGAUAACACCUCAGUUCGACCAGCAUGAUAAUGCCACAGGACUUCAGAUGAUGCUUUUGAUCCGCGGGUCCGACGUUGAAGAGGAGGAACUCCUUGUGGAAGUUUCCUCACUGUUUGGAGGCUUUUCAUUCGAAGAUAGACCUUCGGCAUUUGACGAAGAAGGUAUCCUACCGGUUGUCAUGAGUAGCUCAAAAGCCGGAGUGUCAUGGAACGCCGGACGCAAGACUUUGGGAGAUCUGAUGAUACCUUACAGCGUUUCUGCAUCGUCAAGCGAUCAAUUCAAAUCAGAUAGCCCGAUCGUUAGGCUUCACCGUGAUCAAGGAGGGCUUCUCGGUUCUGGAUUCGCGUUCAUGGCCUCCCCUCCUCCCGCCGAUGCAUAUCAGAUCUCUGUGGCAUGGGAUCUCAGCAGAGCACCAAAGAAGACUCGAGAAGUGUGGACAUAUAGAGAGGGGCCCUGGUCUAUUUUUCAAAAUGGCCCAGCGUCUAUUCUACGAGACUCGGUCUAUAUGGUCGGACAGAUCCACAGUAACUCGCCAGCACCAACAGAUGGAGGUGUUUCUGGUUACUACGGAUACUACUGCUAUGCGAAUUCUUCGAGACAGCACCUUCACAGAUUAACUGCUAUCGGAGUUUCGUUCGCAACGGUGGGGAUAAGAAAUGCCUUGAUAUGGCUCGGUCCGUCAUCAAUGGACCUGAAGGUUGAUUGGCUUUACGAAGGCAUCAGAGACUGCCAAUCUAUCUAUAUGCCCUUUGGCCAUAGCAGCCACAGUGGGUCCUACGAUCAAGCAACAAUCAACAUGCUCUGCAUCAAAUACUACACCAAUCCCUUGACGCAGAGAAAUUCAGAACUCCCCAACAUUAUGACUCUUGCGACACGGAUGCCUACGCAAGAGAACACCUCACCUCCCGAGCCUGGGCAUUCAUUGUCUGAGUUGAGCUGA